CUCCUUUGGCAGUGGUAGCUUCAAGAAGAGGACGCUGCAUGCCUCGUCGUUCGUGCCGUGCCUGCUGGUUGCAGGUUUAAUCCAAGUUCGCUUCUGCGCCAUGCUCUGUUUUGGUUGCGUUAAUCCUGUUGGUGUGCGUGCAAGGGCUGGGGAUUCGUGUCUCUGCUUUUUUCUGAGAGAAUAAGGAAAGGGUGUGUAAGUAGGAAUCGUCGCGCUGCGCCGGCGAGCGUUGCUGUGCGCGCGCGCGGCAGUGAGGUUGUGGGAGAGAGCAAUGCCGCCGACGUCGACGGUGUGCUCGGAGCACACGCUCGCGGCGGAGACGGCGGCCAUCGUGUCCGCGCUCACGCACGUCAUCGCCAGCGGACGCGGGGCGCCGCGCCCGGCGCCGGCGCUGGUCAUGCCGUGGCGCGCGGACGCUGCCGCCCAGCAGCAGAAGCAGCAGCUUGAUGAGGUGGCCGGCCAGGGGCCGGCGCCGGCGCCGGCGCCGGCGCGGAGGUACCGGGGCGUGAGGCGGCGGCCGUGGGGGAAGUGGGCAGCGGAGAUCCGGGACCCGCAGAAGGCGGUGCGGGUGUGGCUCGGCACGUUCGCCACCGCCGAGGACGCCGCGCGCGCCUACGACGCCGCCGCUCUCCGCUUCCGCGGCAGCCGCGCCAAGCUCAACUUCCCCGAGGACGGCGCCGCGCGCCGAUCCAGGGACGCCGAGGCGGCCGAAGCCGCCCCCGCGGCGAGCGCGGCGGCGCCGGCCGCCCUGCUGGAGUCGCGGGCCGCCGGCGACGUCAUGGACUACCUGGAGUACUCCAGGAUCCUGCAAGGGGCGGAGACGAGUGCCAUCAUGGACGGGUUCCUCAGCGGCGACGGGAACGGGCGCUUUCUGGGCUCACGGACCAUCGGGACGUCGCCGCCGCCGUCGAGCUCCGGAGCUUCGCCUGCCGGCACCGCCUCCGCUCCUCUGUUUCGUCGUGGUGAUGGCGGGAAGCAGAGCAGUAAUAGCACGUAUGGAGAUUAGCUGAGGAUUUUUGUAUUUUAUUUGUUCAAGUAUACAAACCAAAAAUCAGUAGUCUAGGCGAUUUGUACUAUUUUUGCUAGAUUAUUCGGUAGUUCAU